AUGCUUUUUGGAUUAGGAAGACUGUUUUAUGUCAUUCUUUUGUUGAUCAAUGCCGUAGCAGUACUAAGUGAAGAGAGAUUUUUGAGUAGGAUCGGUUUUGGUAAAAACGCAAAUGAGGCCCCUGCUUUUGGGCAGCAAGAAAAUACAACAAAGUCUAAAGUUGUCCAAUUGAUUGGGGCUAUUCAAACUUUAUUGAGAAUUCCACUUAUUGGUAUAAACAUUUUGAUCAUUAUUUAUGAAUUAGUAUUGGGUUAA